UUGGGAGGUCUUGUCAAAUUCAAUGUGCUGACGUUGCCUUACUAGUGAGUGAGUGUAGAAAGAUGGCUGCGGCCUUGGUACUCGGUUCUGUGUGUCUCAUGAUGCUCCUGGCUGACAUUUGUGCCCAGGAGAAUACCAGGACCGAGGAGUUCGACGUUAGACCCGGAGGUCUGGAGCACAGCUACACCCUUAGCCUGGGUGAUAAUUCCUGUAUCUUCACUUACGCAGCUCAAGGAGGAACCAAUGAGAAGUGGCAGAUCAGCGUUGGACUGAGUGAGGACAAACAGCUCUUUUCAUGCUCCAUCUGGAGGCCCCAAGGAAAAUCAUACUUGUUCUUCAUGUCAUUUAAAGCAGAAGUGACCAAAGGAAAAAUAGAAUACAGUGAAGCUUAUUCUCAAGGAGCAACAACUAGUCUCAGUGACAUCCCUCUAAAGAGCUCGGAGUAUGACGUGGCUGAUACUACUGUUUCUCACAGACCUGGCUCCUUUUCUUCAUCUCUCUCCAAGCUGCUGAUUGUGGCCAAACGUUCUCAUGAUGAGCUGUGAAGGAGGAUGGCACACAAGGCCCAGGGAACGUGCACAAUUGUAAUACAUGCUAGUUAAGAAGAAAUGAGAAAGGGAUGUUUAUUUUAAUUCAAUACCUGAAUAUUACACAACGCUGAGACACAUGAGUAAGAAUGGGGGACUGCGCAUUCUCAUACCACCAUCUGAAUUUAUUAUGAAGAUUUUCUACCUGUAAAUAAAACUUUUUUGGAUUAAUGUUUUUUUUAUUUUUAAUAUGGUCAUUAGGGAGAUGCAAUUGGGUAGAGAUGGAGAUUUUUAUUUUUGAAGUAUUUAAUGUGUUUGCAGGUGAUGGGUGUUUUUAUACAAAGCAUAAUAAUAUGUAUAGAAAGAUAGAAACUUUUUAUUCAUACAGCAGUAAAAUAUUAAAGAAAAUACAAAAGACAA